AGCGAUCGAUAGAAAUAUUUUAUUUUGCGCAAUUUUUGUCUCAAAAACAGUCAAAAAUGGCUUCUUUCGAGAACAUGUUAAAAUCUGAAAAAUCCAGCUUAAAAAUGGUUCAAGGAGUGGACUUAGUUCUCAUUGACGUCGCUUUUCUCACGUACAACGCAAAACGCGACUUGCACAAUCCCCUCGUGAAGCUCGACAGCACGUGCGUCGCGGGCGCCUACGAACUCAAGAAGCACAAGGAGAUGAAACGCAAGCAAAAAUACGAGAUGGGCCUCGACGCUUACAAACAUUACAAAUGGUACAACUCCUGCCUGAAGCUGGAAUGUCUGAAAUCGGAUCAAGGUCCUGCCAGCGCGAACAGCAAACUAAAAAUCCUUCAUUGGCACAUCGAAAGCGGCAAUAUCGAGGCAUUCCGGAUGCAAGGCGUGACUUACAAAGCAGUUUCCAUCAUUAUUUCGCCGAAUGUUGAGUAUUGGUAUUGCGCGAAUCAAGGUCCGAACGGGUUAAGUACCUUUGGAAGUCGCGCUCGAGGAACUUCGUUCACGGAAAUGACCUUGAACUCGAAGAAAAAUGCAAAUUCUGCCGAAAUUUGGUUCGAACCGUUGAUCAGCGAGACUUGCUGCAACGAAAAUUGCAAGAAAAAUAAUUGUCAAUGCAAAAAAGAGACGAUCCCGUUGCCAGCGAUCAAAAGUAAAACGACUUACAUCAAAAAUAAACUCGAAAAAGAGAAUCAAGUGAGCUCGGAGGAAGCGUCGUCGGUGAUGAAAGCGAUCGAAUUGCUGAACCAAAAGAAAAAUAUCCUGAGAAAAGGCGUCAAUGGCAUCCCAAAAGUGCAAAACAGCAGGCGAGAUGUCCUCAAACCCAUUUGCGAGGACAGAAAUUCAUGAAUUCUUACACAAUUCGGAAAUGCAUUUAAAUAAAUUCUAAGAAAAAAUAAAAAAAAAAUAAUUUUAAACAAAAAAAAAAAAAAUUAAAAAAAAAAUUUACAUAAAAAAAAAUAAAAGAAAAAAAACAGGUGAGUUGGCAAACAUUCCUACAGGUGCGAAAAAUAUUUU